GCAACUUCUUCUGACCUUUCCAACCUACGUGGUUCCUCUUCCUAACUCAAACUACCAAACAGAACAACAGAACACAACAGAACAAGCCAAAGAACCUUCCCUUUUUGUUCUUCUCUCGUCGCUCUUCUUUGAAUGGGAAUCAAAAGAGGAGCAGAAGAAGCUAAAGCCAUGGUGGUUGAUGAUGUCUUGGACUCCAUGCCCCUCUUCGCUAAGGAGCUUCUUGCGGGUGGCACAGCUGGUGGUUUCGCCAAAACCGUCGUUGCCCCACUUGAACGUGUCAAAAUCCUCUUCCAGACGCGAAGAGCUGAGUUUCACAGCUCAGGACUUGUUGGAUCAGUCAGCAGAAUUGCCAAGACCGAAGGCUUUUUAGGUUUCUACAGAGGAAAUGGAGCAAGUGUUGCAAGGAUUAUACCUUAUGCAGCACUUCAUUAUAUGUCCUAUGAGGAAUACCGCAGAUGGAUCAUGCUUACUUUCCCUGAUGUUUCGAAAGGCCCUACCCUUGAUCUCAUGGCAGGCUCAUUAUCCGGAGGGACGGCUGUUCUUUUUACGUAUCCUCUCGACUUGAUUCGGACUAAGUUAGCUUAUCAGGUUGUUAGUCCAGAAAAGUUGAAUGUUUCAGGGAUGGUUCAUAAUGAACAAGUUUAUAGAGGGAUCCAAGAUUGCUUUGCAAAAACUUAUAGAGAAGGUGGCAUUAGAGGUCUCUAUAGGGGAGUAGCUCCAACGCUUGUCGGAAUAUUCCCGUAUGCUGGUUUGAAGUUUUACUUCUACGAAGAAAUGAAGCGCCAUGUCCCUGAGGAGUACAAGAAAAGCAUUAUGGUGAAACUCACAUGUGGAUCCGUAGCAGGUCUAUUGGGGCAGACCUUCACAUAUCCUCUUGAAGUUGUUAGGAGGCAAAUGCAGGUUCAAACUCUGCUGGCAUCUGAUAAUGCAGAACUGAAGGGGAUUAUGAAAUCACUUGUUGUGAUUGCUCGAAAUCAGGGCUGGAAGCAGCUGUUCUCAGGGCUCAGCAUCAAUUACAUAAAGGUUGUUCCAUCAGUGGCAAUUGGGUUUACCGUUUAUGAUACCAUGAAAUCAUACCUGAGAGUUCCAUCAAGAGAUGAUGCUGCAGUUGAAGUGGUAACCAAUAAAAGAAUCAGCCAACCAUCGUCGCAGACACAGUAACAGCAACAGAUGAUGCUACCUUUCAGAUUUUCGCUUGUCUAACUCUUCAAUUCAUAGGCUUCAAAAAGGUUUCUUGGCCUCAUCCUAUUCACAUUGUUUUAGCACCACAUUCCAUUCUUUCGAGUUGUACAUUGUGAGAUGAAGAUUAUGUUCCAUCAUAAACAGGAUACAGCAUGCAUUUCUCUGCAGAUUGCAAGGGAAUGAAUGAUCCCUUGUGGCAGAUCCCAUUGUUUUCAUGAUGUAACGAGAAGACAAUAUGUUGUUGAGAUAGGACACAAACUAUGUACAUACAAAUAAAAGAUAAUUUGCACUUUUUGAAUGUGCAAGCACAGGGGAUUAUAUUCUUGGCAGCCGCCAGAUUCAUAUUACCUUUGACCACCUGUUGGCGCCAGAUUUCUACUUCUACUA